GCUCAGCCUUCGCUGCUAGCAGUGUGUAGGAGCCUCUCCCCUCUGCUGCUGUGCCAGACACAGAGGCAAACUCACGGGACACAGAGACACCAUGAAGAGCCUGCUCCCUCUGACCAUUCUGGCUGCCCUGGCUGUGGCAGCCCUGUGCUACGAAUCUCACGAAAGCAUGGAAUCCUAUGAAAUCAGUCCCUUCAUCAACAGGAGAAACGCCAACACUUUUAUUUCCCCUCAGCAGAGAUGGCGCGCUAAAGCCCAAGAGAGGGUCCGGGAACGCAACAAGCCUGCCUACGAGAUCAACAGGGAAGCCUGUGACGACUACAAACUGUGUGAGCGCUAUGCCUUGGUCUACGGAUACAACGCUGCCUACAACCGCUACUUCAGGCAGCGCCGAGGAGCCAAAUAAGAGGACGACGAAAUAACGAUUAUUUUGCUCCAGAGUCUCGUUUUGUAUCCCCCUGCAGUAGCAAUACGGAAGUACACAGACGCAUGAGCAUUGCUUGUUUCCUACAUGAUGUCUUGUCUGGCUGCGCUACUCUUUCCUGUGCCCAGGUUGAAAGUAACAAAAGAACAGUGUUAAGAAAUAUGUUUAUAUAUAAUAAAAUUCUGGUUUGAUACUUUCA